UGGAAGAUGAGAAGAGUGUCCAUGUUGCAGCUGGGUUGAGUGUUGCUGGUUCUAUUUUGGUGGACCACAUAAUGACAGAGUCGCAGUGAAUGAAAGUCACCUCCCUCUUGACAAACCCAUAUAAGUUCUUCUACUUUCCUCAGGAUCUCCUGGCUGGCUUCCUGGGGACACCGUCGAGCAGCAACCUACUCUUCUUCACCACUGCACCGCCGCGAUGGACAACUACUCGUACAACUUCCCCUCGGACUGCACCCCGCUCACCAACUGCAAGUCUGCCCGCAAACCAGCCGGUUCCACCGUGGUCAACAUGGGCCACGUGGGCAAGAACCCUCCUCGGGACUACCUGGUCUGGUCCCUGUGCAACACCUUGUACGUCAACUUCUGCUGCCUGGGAUUCAUGGCGCUCCUCUACUCCAUCAAGGCUCGGGACCAGAAGACUCAGGGCAACCUGCAGCUGGCCCAGGAGUGCUCGGACAAAGCCAAGUGGUACAACAUCCUGGCGGCCGGAUGGAACCUGCUGAUUCCUCUGCUGGCCGUGGUGCUGCUGGUGCUCCUGCUGGUCCACCUGGGCUCCUCGCAGGGCUCCUUCGACUUCCUGGGAGAGGACGGCUUCCAGAACUUCAUCAAACUGUUCAGUUGGUAGACGGAACGAGCGGAAAGAGCCGUUUGAUUCAUUUGACACACUUUGCUUUUAUUUAUUGUAUUUAUGCAACCUUCAAAGCUCGUUCCUACGUGAGUCAGUCUUUAGCGACGCUCGCUGAUGCUUCCCUUUACCAUUUUGACCUGUCACGUGUGUCCCUAAACCCCCAAACAUCUUUGUGACAACUUAGUGCAGUAAAGACAAACAUCAACAUGCCAGACCAUCGCUUGCUCUUCCUGCUCCUGCGAGAGGCUGCAAGAAAGGCUUCGCCACACAUCUUAAAAUGAAGAUGUGGGAGCUGUACGUUUGAUCAUGAUGUGAUGUUAGCACUUCAACUUGGUGUUGUUUUCUCCUUGGUGUUACUACGCUGUAUGCGGUAUUUCUUGUAGUACACACACACGAGGCUCAUGAGCAUUAAAGCGACACACACACACACACACACGCACACACACGUAUACCUUAUGAAAAAUGUUGAUGAUGUGGCAGCUUUUAUUUUGUAAACAUUGCUAUGCGUGAUGCUGUCUUCUUGUGGUGUUUCUGAUGAAUAAUACUCACCUUUUCUUUGCAAAGCUGCAUCGUGUAUUUUUUAAGGGGGAAGAAAGGCUGUCGUGCUUCUGCUUUGAAAAGUUAAUUUUUUUUUUUUUUUAAUUGGCAGGCGUGUCCGCUCGGGUCUUUCAUCCCAGCUGCCAGCAAAC